AUCGUAUUGGGUCGUAUCGCUUCGCAUCUACCUUAUCAACUCAUGUUGAUGAAUUUCCGUGCGAACGAAUCAGGAACUUCAGCAUCAUCGCACACAUUGAUCAUGGGAAAUCGACGCUAGCAGACCGGUUGCUCGAAGCGACAAGAACGAUACAACCUGCAACAACUGGUUUGAACAAACAAGUUUUGGAUAAGUUGAAGGUUGAACGGGACCGAGGCAUUACGGUCAAGGCACAGACCGCGAGCAUGAUUCAUUCUUUCAAUGGGAAAAAACACCUUCUGAACUUAAUUGACACGCCUGGUCAUGUCGACUUUGCGUGGGAAGUAUCGCGUUCCCUCUCGGCAUGCCAAGGCGCUCUGCUGCUUGUGGAUGCCACACAGGGUGUACAGGCUCAAUCGUUAUCUGUAUUUCACAUCGCGAAGGAGAGGGGACUUGUUAUCAUCCCUAUCAUUAACAAGGUGGAUCUCCCUCAAGCCGAUGUAGAAGCAGUUUCCGCACAGAUGUGCUCAACUUUUGAUCUGGAUCUCUCGGACAUAUUGUGCAUUUCCGCGAAAACGGGAUCAGGAGUUGGUCAGGUUCUAGAUGCAAUUCAUGACCGCAUCCCGCCUCCAGUAGGAGACCCUCGCGCACCGCUGAAAGCGUUCUUGUUCGACUCUUCAUAUGAUCGUUAUCGGGGAGUGAUUUCACUUGUUUCCAUAAGCUCUGGAUCGUUGCGCAAAGGAGACAGAAUUAUGUCUUGCCAUACCCGAAAACGAUACGACGUGUCGGAUGCAGGAAUUUUGCACCCUGAGGAAGUCAGUACACAAGUCCUUCUCCCUGGUCAAGUCGGAUACAUCGUCUGCAAUAUGAAGGAAUUGUCUGAAGCACAUAUCGGCGAUACAUUUCAUCGCCAGGGAGAAUUCGUUGAGCCAUUGGAAGGAUUUGCUCCGGCCAGAGCUAUGGUGUACGCUGGGAUUUUCCCUGUAGAUACAAAAGACUUCCCCAAGUUGGAAGAAUCGAUUAAAAGGCUUGCACUCACAGAUCGCAGUGUGACCAUUCAACGAGAAUCCUCCACUGCUCUGGGACAGGGCUGCCGAUUAGGGUUUUUAGGCACUCUACACAUGGAUGUCUUUCGACAAAGGCUGGAGGAUGAAUAUGACGCGAAUGUGAUAAUCACGGCACCAACUGUCCCGUACAAAGUUGUUUACAAGGACCGAACGAUGACAAUCAGUAAUCCCACUGAGUUCCCGGAUGCGCAUGAGUCAAACUACAAGGUCGUGGAAAUCCAGGAGCCUAUGAUCAAUGCCAAAAUCAUUGCUCCGCAAGACUAUCUUGGAGAAAUGAUAGCCUUGUGUACAUCACACCGAGGCAAAAACAUAGAACAUAAAUAUCUUUCUUAUGGCGUGGGGAAUCCAGGUGUUGGAUCAUCUCAUGUGCUUCUCACUACAAGACUCCCGUUGUCUGAAGUCGUAACGGACUUUUACGACUCACUAAAACACCGAAGCUCGGGAUAUGCAAGCUUUGAUUACGAGGACGCCGGAUAUGAGGCAUGCGAUAUGAAGAAGAUGACGUUCCUAUUGAAUGGUAAACCUAUUGAUGCAUUAGCUAUGAUCGUUCACAAUACUUGCGUGCAAAACGUUGGCAGAGCAUGGGUGAGGAGACUAAAGGAAGUCAUUCCACGACAUCUAUUCGAGGUUGCUAUCCAAGCUGUCGUGGGUUCAAAGGUUGUUGCUCGCGAAACUCUGUCGGCCUUGCGCAAAGAUGUUACUGCGGGACUGUACGGAGGGCAUUAUGAACGCAAGUUGAAGCAUUUGAACAGACAGAAGGAAGGGAAAAGAAAAAUGAAAAGGAUUGGGAACAUAGAGUUGCCACAAGGAGCAUUUUACCAAGUGCUUGGUUCUGCAUCGCCAAAGUAAACUAGGUAAUUGGAACAGCCAGUGAAUCGCAUAUUCAUCCCUUUGGAUAAUGCGCAAGUUAGAGAAUUUCUAGUUUGGCGGAAGCAUGAGAAACAUCAAAGUUUGUUGUCUUCUUCAUCGUACAUCUCUGUUACCAUCCU